AUGACAACAAACGGCCACUUGUCCGACCUCGAACCCGAAGAGGAUUCCACCAGUGUUUACGAUGCCAGAUCUGUCACGGAGAUUCGAGCAGCUCUGGCUGAGCUUCACAAGAAAGAAGCCACCGUAACUUCCCGACUUGAUGCUCUGAUCAAUGCACAGAGAGAUCUCCAACAUGAGCUGAGUCGCCUCGACCUGUUCCGUGCAAAUGUCACUGCUCAGGCAUCCAAAGCCAGGGCGGUAAGCAAUGGCAUGCUCUCGGAUGCUGCAAGCAAUGCGAAGCGUAUCUCCAACUCUGUCAAGCUACUGGAUCUAGAGCAAGCAAGGGUCAAGGCCACCUUGACCGUGGUUGAACAAGUCGGUGAGCUGAAAGCAUGUGUGCUUGGUGUCUCCGGGUCAAUGGGGGCCGCACAAGACUGGGAAACUGCGGCGAGCUACCUUAACCGAGCCUCAAAGAUACCCACCGAAGUCAUCAACGGUUCGUUCGCCGCCAGGAUCGUUCCAACCGCUGAAGUCCCUGAUCCGCCUGCUGUCACCUUGGAGACUGCCUCUGAGUCACUAUGCAGUCUUUUUGUGAGAGAGUUCGACAAGGCGGUCAAGGACAAUGAGGGCGCACGGAUUACUCGUUUCUUCAAGCUAUUUCCUCUUAUCAACAGGACCGACGUUGGGCUCGAUGUGUAUGGACGUUACGUUUGCCAAGGGGUGGCUGCGCGAGCCCGAGCCAACCUCAAUGCGGGUACAGGAGGCAACCAGAGCAAAGAUGGUUUCUUUUACGCUAAUGCUCUGACGAAACUGUUUGAGCAUGUUGCGCAGAUCAUUGAAGGGCAUGGUGGACUGGUCGAACGUCACUACGGCCCCGGCAAGAUGACCAGGGUGAUUGAACGGCUCCAGAACGAAGCUGACCUACAAGGAGGAAUAAUCUUGGACACCUGGAGCGAUGAAAGGAGGAUCGACCGCCAGCUGACCGACAUCAAGUCUUACGCAUUCACGUUCCUUGUCCAAAGCUUUAUGCCAACCCAGCGGGCAUCGUCCGGAACCCCCCGUGCAAACUCUCCUGUGCCAGGCAGAGCAAGCGAGGAUGAAUCUGUCGACAUGAAACAGGUCGACGCCUUACUUAAUGAGAUGACAAUCAUGCUCAGUAAAUGGUCAUUAUACACCAGAUUUGUUACCGACAAGUGCAACGGAACCCCAGCUGACGAUACUCUGUCGGUGCCUGCUUUUCUCCUUCAUUCGGGCUUAAUGAAGAAGGUGCAAGAUAAGCUCAUCUUGCCAUUCAACACCAUGACGACGUUCUUUUUCCGACGUUCCGUGGAGAAAGCCUUCCAGCUAGACGAGCAGCCUCCCGAUCUCUCACUCAAUCCUCACAAGCCACUAAACUCCAACCCACCACAUGUUACCUCUGCCAUCGAAGACAUCAUGUACAUCGUCAAUAAGAUCUUACAACAGUCACUGGCCACUUCACAGAAAGCCGUUGUCUCUAACGUUUUGCCGACUCUGGGCAGAGUGCUAGGGUCCGACUUCAUUGGCAUGGAGCAGAGGAAAAUGCGCGACGAGAGCUAUCCCAAAGCUGCGUUACAAGGACAGCUCCCGCCCGAAACAACCAUCGUAUCAUUUCUGGUUCUUAUCAACAACCUUGACGUUGCCAAGGACUACGUCGAUCAGAUCGUACGGGCCCGAUUGGAACUUACGGCAGGAUCUCCCCAUCAGCCCCUUCGAAAUCUUUUCCCCGGAGAGGCUGAUGAAGUUGCUGCUUCAUUGAGCUCCUUCUCCUCCAUCUUCUCCGACAAAGUGAACGAGCUCAUCUCUGAUGGUGUCAAUGUGGUUUUCCACAAUGUGAUGAAGCCUAGACUUCGGCCCAUCCUCAUGGACGCCUUCCGGGACACAGACUACCAGCUGACAAAGGAGCAACUGCAAGACCUUGCUCAGGAGAUGGAUGGCGCCGGCGAGAGCGAUGGCUUUUCGGCCGAAGUCCGUAUGCGCUUCCAACUAGGUUGGGAUGCGCUGACGAAGCCCAUCGGUCGGAUCAUGACGGAGCGUACGUACGACCAGCUUUUGACCAUUGUUAUCACGUACCUCAGUAAAAUGCUGGAGAAGCGCCUUUGGACAUACCAUGGACGGGUCAACGAGAUUGGGGCGGCAAGACUCGAGCACGAUAUCAACGAAAUCAUCAAGGUGGUGGUCAGGGGGCAAAAGUACACUUUCCGAGAAGCGUUUCUGAGAUGCAGCCAGAUCUGCAUGAUCAUGAACAUGGAUGAAGAAGAAUGGGAUGAAUCGGCCGAUUCUGGAGGCGAGUUUGCCGACAAGCUGAAGCCGGACGAGCGCAUCAGAGCCAGAAACAUGGUAAAAGAACGUUCUUGA